AUGCCCGCGUGGUGGUCCCGCAGCAAGCUGAGGUCUAGGUCGAAGGCCAAGCCGGGGGGCGCCGGGUCCGUCUCCGCAGCGUCGUCCCCGCGCAAGUCCGCGGACUUCGAGUCGCCCUCCCCGUCCCCGUCGCCGACGCAGCGGGACAGGAAGGCGCACAGCCUCGACUUCCCCGGCGCGGGCGCGCACCCCGCGCGCGGCCGGUGCGCCGGCGGCGCCGCGGCGGGGCAUGGGUCGGUAGGGUACAAGCUCCCGAUGCCCGUCGAGGCGGCGGAGCCUGUCGGGACUCUGUACGAGGAGGUGCUGGCGGCGGCGGCGGUCGCUGCCGGUGACGGCUGCUCGUCCGCGGAGGAGUCCAGCGUGUGCUCGGCCGGGUCGUUGGACGAGGCGCACUAUCAACAUGGGUUUAGGCCCAUGGAUCCAGUUGCUUUUGCGAGGGAAAGAAAUAUGCCUUCUGAUUCAGAUAGGACCGUAAAUGAAGACAAGCGUUUCAUGUCUUGUAGUAUGCCACGGGAGCAUCAGAGGUUCUUUGAGGUUCCUGUGUCUAGUGUUAGAGAACUUCAUUUUCAAAGUGAUGAACCUUCAACUAGUGAAGCCAAUUGUUCACGUGGAAGAAUGAUACCUGAAGAUCUCUUUGCUCCAAGAACGAGGAGUCUCUCUCCUGUCCCAAAAGGCCAUGCAUUCGCUGUGAGCAAUGGAAACUCUAGAGAAUUUGGUUUUAGCCCAAGGUCACCAGUAAGAAAGAUGGAUGGUUUGAGGAGCCCACCACAUCCCUUACCUCUUCCUCCAGCUUCUGCUGCUUGCUCUCCUCUUCUUCCAGCUUCUGCUGCUUGCUCACCUCUUCACCCAGCUUCUGGUGCAUGCUCGCCUCUUCAUCCAGCUUCUGGUGCUUGCUCACCUCUUCCUCCAACCCACAGUCCUUGCUCACCUCUUCCUUCAUCUCCCAGUUCCUGCCCACCUCUUCCUGCUUCUCCCACUACCUGCUCACAGUCCCAGUCGCAAUGGAAGAAAGGGAAAUUGCUAGGGAGUGGUACAUUUGGCCAGGUUUACCUUGGAUUUAACAGUGAAAAUGGGCAGUUUUGUGCGAUUAAGGAGGUUCAAGUUAUUAUGGACGAUCCACACUCAAAGGAACGACUCAAACAAUUAAAUCAGGAAAUAGAUAUGCUUAGACAACUCUCCCACCCAAACAUAGUGCAGUAUCAUGGAAGUGAGCUGAGUGAUGAAGCACUUUCCAUUUAUCUUGAGUAUGUUUCGGGGGGUUCAAUCCACAAAUUACUAGGAGAAUAUGGCCCUUUUAAGGAACCUGUGAUUCGUAAUUACACUGGGCAAAUUCUUGCUGGUCUUGCCUACUUGCAUGGGCGGAACACUGUCCACAGAGAUAUCAAAGGAGCAAACAUACUUGUGGGUCCUAAUGGUGAAGUCAAGCUUGCUGACUUUGGCAUGGCUAAGCAUAUAUCAUCUUUUGCUGAAAUACGCUCUUUCAAAGGAAGUCCUUACUGGAUGGCUCCUGAGGUUAUAAUGAACAGUAAAGGCUAUGGUUUAUCAGUGGACAUUUGGAGUCUGGGCUGUACCAUUAUUGAAAUGGCGACGGCAAGACCUCCUUGGCACCAAUAUGAGGGGGUAGCAGCAAUAUUUAAAAUUGCAAACAGUAAAGAUAUACCUGAAAUACCAGACAGUUUCUCAGAGGAAGGGAAAAGUUUUUUGCAGCUUUGCUUGAAACGUAACCCUGCAUCUCGUCCCUCUGCAGUCCAGCUGAUGGAUCAUCCUUUUGUUCAGGAUCAUCCUGCAGUGAGAGCUGCAAAAUCCAGUGUAUUGAGAAACACGUUGUCUUCUCCAGCAGAUGGUAGACACACAUUGUCCAACAGGGAGUUGCCAUCUCGGAAGAUUAUUACUCCUCUGAAGGAUGUUGGACUGAGCAUGAGAGAUUUUACUGGAUUUUCCACUGCUGUUCCUUCACCACACAGCAGCCCUAUUCCUGGGAGAGCAAAUAUGUCUACGCCAGUUUCACCAUGCUCAAGCCCGCUGCGGCAGUUUAAGCAAUCCAACGUGAGGUGCAUGCGUUCUCCACCUCAUCCAAUGCUCUCCCCUGGUCUUGGCAACACAUUAAGUUACACGCAAAAUCAGACAAGACGCAUUCCAGCUCCUGCCAUUUCAGAUCCUUGGCUGGAUGUUGGCCAGAUGAAGCUCCAAAGCCCCAAUAUUUCCCCCAAAAGGUUCUGA